UUUAAAGUCCUAGAUCAUAAUCAUGACUGUAAAACUAAGUUUAUUGCUCGCUGUUUUCAUCGGGUUAGCUUGGAAAAUACCGAUCGCACGAUGCCAGAUUUCUCAGUCGGUUCCUUUUCCUUCCAAAUCAGACUCUUGCAAUGUUGUGCAAGUCAGCUGUGGGGCGGACAGACAACAAAGAGAAGAUUCUCAAACUAGAAAUCCCGGAGCUCCGGGCAAAAUGGGGCCAGUGGGAUUGGCUGGACCAAAAGGAGAAAGAGGAAUCAAGGGCGAGGGAGGUAGAAAGGGGGAACAUGGCGAAGACGCUGACAAGAGGAGGAUUAACGAAAACUUUUUCCAAAUGCUGAGUGCAACAAGCUGCCAAGAGCUCAACGAAGUUCACGGAGUCACCGCUACCGGAUACUACCCAUUGCGAGAGAAUAGGACAAGUUCAAUCGUCUCAUUUUAUUGCGACUUCGCUGUGUAUGAAGACGUAACAGAUUGUGAUGAGCUCUUCUCCAGCCAUGGGGUGUCGACACAUGGAUUUUACCGGUUUCCAGAGAGAUUGGGGGGAGUUCCAUCUUAUCACCAUUGUGCAGCCCAUUAUGGAGUUUUCACAUGUCAUCAACUACGAAAUAAAAUGGGGCAACUCACUUCCGGGAACUAUCGGUUGGGUUCGACAGGAGAUUCCUACCAAGUAUGGUGUGAUUUUGGCUUCGGUACAGCAAUAACCAAAGUAUCCCACGAUUCGACAAAAGAGUUUUCAAUUCCAGACUGUGAAGACUCUGGUUGCUACUCUAAAUUUCCUCGUUAUGACUUAGCAAAUGACAAAAUACUGAAAAUCACGGAGCAGUCGGGAAGAUGUCGACAAUAUAUUAAGUACCGAUGUCAAGGAUCCAUGAUAUUCAGAGAUAAUUAUGCCUGGUGGGUGUCAAGAGGAGGAGAAAAAAUGACUUACUGGGGAGGCGCGACUUCCAUGAGGAAAAACUACUGUGCAUGUGGUGAAACAGGUGAAUGCGUUGAUAAUUCCUACAAAUGCAACUGUGACAACAAUGCUGGAAAUGUUUUUGACUCAAGAUGAAGGAUAUCUGACGGACAAGAAGACUCUGCCGGUGGAAGAGAUGAGAUUUGGGGAUAUGGGGGACAGUAAUGAACAUGGUUGGCACACUCUUGGCGAGCUUGAGUGCAUGGACUAAAGCAAAAGUCUGUUUAUCAGGUUUCAAGACAAUGUUUUGCUAAUUUGUAUAUUUCCGAACUCAGCCAGAAAUUGUUUUUUUGUUAGGACAGGAUUUACUCGGAACAAGGCUAUAUAAGAACAGUCACCUUUGUCAAAUUUGAAGCCAAUUUGACAAGGUCUACUAUUUUUUCAUAUUUAAGGUAGACUUGGUA